CUGUUGCUGCCUGUGGGGUUUCAGGGUUUUCUUCCAAAAAGCAGCGAGGCAGACAGGGACGGUCUCCAGCCAUUGUCACCGAAAUGUGAUGUUUUCGUGCACGGAGCCGAGGCUGCGCGCUCUUUGGAUUUAACUUCACACCUUCCCGUGUAGCAGUGCAGGGAUGCAGAGCCCCCCUCACCUCCUGACUGUCAGUGCCUGUGCCUGGGUCAGCCAUCUCUGUCACCGAGAGAUCGUUCCAAGUGACUCCCUGGAGGUUCCAGACGAAGCCGCCAUGUCUGUGACUGUUCAUGAGAAUCGUAAAUCCCGCACCAGCACGGGCUCCAUGAACAUCUCACUGUUCCACAAGCCUUCACAUCCUGACAGUGUCCUGACUCACCUGAACACCAUGAGGAAACAGUGCAUGUUCACUGAUGUCACUCUGUGGGCCGGGGAUCGCUCCUUCCCAUGCCACAGGGCAGUCUUGGCAGCGUGCAGCCGUUAUUUUGAGGCCAUGUUCAGCGGAGGGCUACGAGAAAGUCUGGACAGUGACGUCAAUUUCAGAGACAGCAUACACCCUGAGGUCUUGGAGCUGCUGCUGGACUUUGCCUAUUCUUCUCGAGUCAUAAUAAAUGAGGAGAACGCUGAGUCAUUGUUAGAGGCAGGCGACAUGUUGCAGUUUCAUGACAUCCGGGACGCAGCCGCAGAGUUUUUAGAAAAAAACCUGCACUCCUCCAACUGCCUGGGGAUGAUGCUGUUGUCAGACGCACACCAGUGUAAAAGACUGUACGAGCUGUCAUGGAGGAUGUGUCUGUUGCACUAUGAGACAGUUAGAGAAUCGGAGGAUUUCUACAGUUUGUCUAAAGAUAAACUGCUGGAGUUGAUUCUUAGUGAUGAGCUGGAGAUAGAAGAUGAACAGGAUGUGUUUAACUCUGUGAUGCGGUGGGUUCGAUAUGACUUGGAGGGUCGGCGUCAUCAUUUACCAGACCUGCUGAGGGGCAUCAGGCUGGCUCUGCUGCCGUCUGAAUGUCUGCUGGAGGCUGUAGCCUGUGAAGAGUUGGUUAUGGCUGACAAGAGGAGCAGGUAGACUGUGUCAGGGACCUAAUGAAUCAAUAUAAAACUAAGUCUCUAUUCUCAUCUCUUUAUUUCACUUUGUUUUGUCUAACAUUAAUUAAUAUUAAUUUACGCAUUUAAAAUCUCAGCAGGUGUAAUUCAUAAUAGCACUGUUGACCAUAAAGCCAAGGAGAUUAUACCUAAGGCAGACCUCCCAAGCCCCAGGAAGGAGUUCAGUGCGUGUGCCAUCGGCUGUAAGGUUUACGUGACAGGAGGAAGAGGAUCCGAGAACGGAGUGUCUAAAGACGUCUGGAUCUAUGACACUGUUCAUGAAGAAUGGUCCAAAGGAGCUCCCAUGCUAAUAGCCAGGUUUGGCCAUGGUUCAGCUGAGUUGGAGAACAGUCUAUAUGUUGUUGGGGGUCAUACAGCCAUUGCCGGCGUUUUUCCUGCCUCUCCAUCUGUCUCCCUAAAACAGGUUGAGCGGUAUGACCCUCUCAGUAAUAAAUGGACCAUGAUGGCUCCUCUAAGAGAUGGAGUCAGUAAUGCAGCGGUGGUCAGUGCCAAACUCAAACUCUUUGUUUUUGGAGGGACAACCAUACACAGAGACAAGGCCUCCAAGGUCCAGUGCUACGACCCUUUAGGCAACCGCUGGAAUAUUGCAGCCGAAUGCCCUCAGCCGUGGCGGUACACGGCAGCUGCUGUCUUAGGGAGCCAGAUCUUCAUCAUGGGUGGCGACACUGAAUUCACGGCUGCCUCUGCUUAUCGCUUUGACUGUGAAACCAAUCAGUGGACACGAGUGGGCGACAUGACAUCCAAGCGGAUGAGCUGUCACGCCGUGGCCUCAGGAAAUAAGCUGUAUGUGGUUGGAGGGUAUUUUGGGACACAGCGGUGUAAAACUUUGGACUGUUACGACCCUACGUCAGAUAGUUGGAACUCCAUCACCACUGUGCCUUAUUCACUGAUCCCCACUGCCUUUGUCAGCACCUGGAAACACCUACCUGCCUAAUCGGGAGACACCAGGAGCCAGUUAUUCCAGGAGGGGAAGUCCUGCUGGAGAAGAAUCUCUGAGACUCCACCCUGCAGUCGGAGCUGCACACAGGACCAGUCCUUACAAGAAGAAGCUGCACCUCACUGACUCUGAAUCAGUCCUGAGUGGUGGAGCUAACAAGCCAACAGCACACCAUCCAGCUCUUAACACACAGAGAGGAUUUCUCCCAAUACCAUGCUUCCUAAAUUAUGUGAUACUACUCAAACAGACACUUUGAUGAACCUGACUGACUGACUGAUGGAUGAAGUGCUCAUACGGACCGAUUAGUGGUUUGUGUGUGUUUGCGUGUGUGUGUGUGUGUGUGUGUUUUCUGAGGCCAUGUUUCUUAAAAUGUCUAAUUAGUUCUGAAAUCCUCUACUGAACCAUUCCAGACUAAAGACAGAAGCUGCCAGUGAUUUCCCUCAAAAAUGCCAAAACUACAAGACAACAGAGUGAAAGAAGGACCACAGCUUCCUGUGAGCCUAAAUCCAGGGUGCACUGCUCACAAUCACCGAGUCUGAGAAUUGAAACUGCCGUGGGUUUACAUGAAGCCGAGCAUUUCAGUACAUCAGGUGACAGUCAGCGUUCACCGAGAGAAUAUUUGGCUCAUCGGCAUUUGAUAGGAAACACGACUGUUAAAUGUGGACUGGAAAGUCUGUGCUCAGUGCUGCGUGGGAUGAAUUAUUUUUAUUUGUCUCGGGUUUGUCAUAUCAGAGCACUUGCAUCGGUCAUGUAGAAAUGACAACAGACUCUAUCUUGGAGGUCCAUUAGAAAAUAUACAGGUCGAACAACGACAGCUGCUUCAGAAACAAACUGAUGGAGAUGAUGUGAUCGUAAACAUGAAUUCAAAUUUUUGACCCGAAGUGGCCCAUCGCUAAGUACGACUCUGCUAAACCUGAGCUGAAUUGACCUCUGUUAGUUUCUGAAAAUCAGAGCGGUCCUCCACCGUGUCCUCCACACAGGAUGUAAUCACUCUCAUUACCAUUCAGACAACACAUCAGCAAACACACUGCAUAGCAGACUACACAGUAAUGUUAACUAGAGCCAGCCAGACUGUUGACGAGAUUUAAAACGUUUCCAAAAUACAAACUCAAGACUUUUAGAACAUAUCCAAAAUAAUUAUUUGUCUCCAACACUGAUAAGCGUCAUGAAUGAUGCGCUGAAGGAUGCAGCAAGUCAAGGACCUCCAGUUUGACCUGUCGUACCAGUGAAAAGUCAAAAACACUCGAGGCGUGAACUCACAAGAUGACAGGUUAGUUGCUUCCUCUGACCUGAGGUCACAGUGUCAGCUGAAGAGCCAGUAUUGAAACUGUUGGGUCCUGAUCGUGAUGUACUACUAACCAAAGUGGCAACACAGUAUUUGAACUUCAUGUUGUCCUUUUGGGGAUGAGGUGGGAUCCAGUGAAGGCUAAAUGUGGAGAAAGGUAACAGGUCUCUGCUGGAGCCUCAGUAGACCCGUGUCCAGAAACAUUUGGAAUGACAGUAUUUCCUUACUUCUUACCUUUACCUCUCCUGAGUGCCAACGUGUUGCAAGUUACACGAUGUUUAAAGCAUUCGGAAACACAUUUGGGAGCUUGAUUUGUGGAUUUAAUUAAGAUGUACAAGUGACAGUUGAACAUCUCAAGCUGCACCUGCACUCCUUCGUGUUUCCAGUGGCAUGAAGGAAGGAGCAGCUCAGAGGCUGACAGCGUCACAUCAGCCAUAGAAAGUCUUUUAUUUCAGACAACAAGCUUGUCAGGUUUUUAUAGGACACACACAAGAAGCACAGACCACCCUUGUCUCCUGCAGAAACCAUCACUACCAAAGGGCUGCUGAAUUCUCCGUGUUUUUCUCUAACACCUCGGCACUUGAUAUUUGUCAGUGCAUUCCUCAGCAGUGGUGUGUCUCUGUCCCACAGGCGUCAAAUAUCUUCUCCAGCUGUCACAAUAGAACAAAGUAGCACAGAGCGGCUGAAGAAGGUUUCUGCAGGACACAGAUGCAUCGUGGCUGAUACCUUGUCCUGUCUCUGUGGUGACGUACAGUAUUUGCUGGUGUUUUAACUCCUUUGCACUUGUCCCCUGUCCAGCUGCUCACAGCUGCUGUGAAGUGUAGAAUGCGUGACUGUAGAAAUCUGAGUUGAUUGACUUUGUGUGGUGGGAUUUCAGCUACACACACACAGAAGAGAAGAAAUGUUUUGAAAUACUCUUCAGCUGUUCUUUAGAAUUUGAAGAAGUGAGGAUGAAGGUGUUUUUCAGAUGACUUGGGGAAAACUCCAGGAAUUUCUUUGAGGAAAAAUUGUUAGAUUCUGUAUGUUUGUACUGGUGAAAAUAAACAGUGACUCACUU